UCCUAGCCGCGCGGAGGCCAUGGUGCCGGUGCUUCCGCAGCUGUAUCUGAGCGGCGCCGAUCUUGCCUCGGCAGACGGUUCCGGAAAGCCCGCCGUCACGGCGCUGCUGCAGGUGGACUCGGAGCCGGCCGGAGCCGCUGCGCUUGCGGGCUUUGAGAGCACGCUGUUUGUCCAGGCGCUGGACUGUCCGCAGAGCGAUCUGCUGAGUCGCUUGGACGACUGCGUGGCUUUUCUUAGCCAAGUCCUGGAGGGCGGCGGAAGCGCCCUGGUGCGCUGUCAUGCUGGAGUUAGUCGAAGUGUUGCCAUUGUAACUGCCUAUUUAAUGAAAACUAAUCAUCUUACUUUUCAAGAGGCCUAUGCCUUUGUUCAGGCCAUCAAACCUGAUGCUAAGAUGAAUGAAGGCUUUGAGUGGCAGCUGCAACUCUAUGAAAAAAUGGGUUGUAAGGUUGAUGUUAACAGUAUUAUUUAUAAGCAGUAUCGUUUGGAAAACAUUGCAGAGAACUGUCUUGAGACAGAAGGCUUGCUUGGUCAUCUCUUCGCAAUUGAUCCAAACACAGUACAUCAAAUCCCAAAUCAUGACAUUCUGUACAGGUGCAGGAAAUGCAGGCGUUUGCUGUUCCGAAAUUCAAGCAUUUUGCCCCAUGACGAAGGCAAAGGACCUGCAGCAUUUGCUCACAAAAAAGUUUCAGAGCCUGGACCUUUAGGCCGUGCUGGUCAAACAAACUGUACUUCUUACUUUAUUGAGCCAGUGCAGUGGAUGGAGGCAGCACUGUUAGGAGUUUUGGAAGGACAGCUCCUGUGCCCAAAAUGUGCAUCAAAGUUGGGUUCUUUUCACUGGCAUGGUGAGCAGUGUUCCUGUGGCCAUUGGGUGACUCCAGCCUUCCAGAUUCACAAGAAUCGGGUUGAUGAAGUAAAAAGAUUGCCUACUGGGGAGCCACAGAAUAGAGACACCUGGAUGUAAUUCAUACUAUUAUAACUGUUGCCACUAAAGAUGUUUUUGGCAGUUUGUUUGUUUUUUGGGAUGCUCAUUUAUUCUUCUGAUAAAGUAUCAUUACAAUUCAAAAGGUGAAGACUAUUUUAAAAAAUAUUGCUCUGACUCCGCAUUAGCAUACGCAUACAUUGGAGGCAAUGCUUUUUCACUUUCUUCAUUUCAUACAUGACCAUAGAUUUUCAGUUACCUUUUCUUCUAUUAAAGGCUCCUGCCAUUGCUGCACCAAAAUUUAUUUAAAAUAAAUAAAUAAAACAAAAAGAACACAUUUCUCCUCCUUCCUUUGA